AUGGCUACUACGCGUAUCGCAGAGCUCGCUACUCAAGUCGCCGAAAAUACGAAGAGAGUCGACGAGUAUCUUCGCCAACAUGAAUUACCCUCACCGUCCUUUGAUGCUGAAGGACCAGUUGACUUUUGCAUCCGAUCAGAAGAAAUACAACGGGCUCGUAGCCUGGCGAUCGACGGUGCAACAGAACUGGCAGAUUUAUUGAGGGGUCCCAAAGAGUCUUUACAGCCUGUCAAUCCUACUAGUCUUCAGGUUAUCCAUAGGUUUGAUAUUGCAAGAAAAGUGCCAAUUGGGGGUGAAAUAACCUUCAAAGAUCUGGCCAAACAAUGUGAUCUCUACGAGCCAGACCUUCGUCGCAUCAUACGUUUUGCAAUCUCAUUUCAUAGACUCUUUCAAGAACCGCGUCGAGGUUUUGUAACUCAUUCAGCAGCUUCCCGCAAGUUGGCGGAAGAUCAAGAUUUCCAUGAUGCUUUGGGUCUGGUUUUCAAUGAGUUCGUUCCAUCUUAUGGACGGACGGUCGAUGCUUUGGAACAAUUUAAAGACCAAGAGCCAAGCCAAACUGGAUUUGCGCUUGUGCAGAACACCACGCAACCUUUCUUCGAGGCUAAGCAAUUUGCCGGGGCUAUGAAAGCCUUUAAUGCCAUAGAUUCUGGACACUCUCCUGUUUUUCUUGCUCAGGGUUAUCCAUGGGAUUCUAUCAACGGCACCGUCGUCGACGUUGGUGGUUCGAAAGGUCACAUUAGCAUCUUACUUGCAAAGAGUUUCCCUAGGCUGCAUUUCAUCGUACAAGAUCUUCCCAAGGUUAUCGAAGGUGCAAAAUCGAAGCUUGAUGCUAGUAUUGCGGAUCGUGUGACGUUUCAAGGGCGUGACUUUUUCACUCCGCAAACCGUGGUGGCCGAUGCAUAUCUGUUCCGCUGGAUCUUCCACAACUGGCCUGAUAAGUAUGUUGUCGCUAUCCUGCGCACUCUUGUUCCGGUGAUGAAAACUGGCGCUCGGGUCAUUGUGAAUGAGCUUUUGAAUCCGCCUUCGAAUUCUCUUUCACUUUCCAGUGAACGUUCCAUUCGUUCUCUCGAUAUGAUUAUGCUGAGCAUGCAUAAUUCUAGAGAACGAGAAGCGGAAGAGUGGCAGGAUCUUUUCCUUGAAGCUGAUCCUCGUUUUGGGGUGUUGAAAAUUUGGACGCCGAUCGGAGCAUCCCUUGCUAUCAUCGAGGCUGUCUGGCAAGAAUAA